GACAUUUCUCCUUCACGCUAAAGGCCCGAGGAACUUACUGAUCUGGCUGCGUGUUGUAUUUGUAUGCCUGCUGUAUAUUUUCAUUGAAAUUCCACCAGCUGCUUUAAUGUCAGAAUUAUGACACUGACUACAGACAAGGUAUAUGAUGGGAUGGACAUCAUUGACCUUCUGCUCAACAAUGCAGGUGAAUCCACCAGUUGCCACAGCAACCAAGCAUGGACCAUCUCAACUAAUGAUAUGCUAAGCAUUAAGCAAAGUGGUCCUGAUGAUUUCUUGGACUUCCUGCUGCAUGGGAGCGACUCCUCCUCUGGGCCAGCAUCACCCCUGUGGUCUCCCUGCACCAGUGAAAGUGGCAUCAACGAAGACCCCCUGACAGAUCCCACAAACAGCCCUCACCCAAACUCCUGCUCAGCCUUACCUGUCUGUGACAGUCAGGCGUUCACACAGUCUUCAGCUCUCGAGAAUCAGCCACCGGCAAAUGAGAAAAAGCCCGAUGUUGUUAUUGAUCUCGGCUGUGAGUUUGGCAGCUUAGAUGAGGAUUUUGGAAUUUCAUACUACCUCACUGCAAACCAAAAUCCUCUGCUACCAUCCAGCCAUUCUCUCACCGUGAAGGACCUGCUGUUAUCCAACCUGGGACACAAAGCACAGCGAAUCCCCCAGCAUUCCUUGCAGGAGCUUGUACUUAAUGAGGAUGAGAAGAGGCUUCUGGCUAAAGAAGGGGUAAACUUGCCCAGCAGACUGCCUCUGUCCAAGUUUGAAGACAGAGUUUUGAAAAAGAUCCGGCGGAAAAUCCGCAACAAGCGCUCGGCUCAAGAAAGUCGGAAGAAGAAGAGGGAAUAUGUUGAUAGUCUGGAAGACAGGUUGUCUGCAUGUGGUACUCACAACCUCAAGCUGCAGAGAAAGAUCCAGCAGCUGGAGGAUACCAACAAUGCUCUGCUGGAGCAGCUAAGCCAGCUACAGGCUCUCCUUCCUAAUGGCCCCAGCAAAACAACACAGAGAGGAACCUGCAUCCUGGUUUUGCUGCUCUCCUUCUCUCUGCUGAUUUCUUCAAAUCUUCAACCAAACCCUUACGGCCAACUCAGUCAGGCAGAGUAUGCGGAGACCAAAGUGCCAUCUCGCUCCCUGCAGUCGAUGGAUGAUACGCAAGAAGUUCCCCCUCCUCCUCCUCCUCCUCCCCUUCUUCCUCUUCCUCUCCUCUCCGUUACCAGGGGCUUUGAAGCCCUGCGCAAUCUGACAGGGAAGAUCAGGCCACAAGCAGAUCUCCCCAAAGUAGACGACCCCGCCUUUCGCCACCAAGAUCACAGGCACAAGGACCUUCACUGAUUUAUUCUAACAAGAAAGAUGUAGCAGAGGGGUGCAUGCUUAGAUGCAAGUGCCGCACCCAUAAGGGCAGUUUAAAAGCUUCUUUGCAUCUUUUCACUACACACGCUGGGUGGGGUGGUGCUCUAAUACAUAAACAUCUAUUUUAAAGAUGUUUCAGAAAUGCACUUUCUCAGUUAAGGACCAGUAAAGAGGUCACUGACAUAGAUGUAAUAAUUUUUCACUUAACUCUGAAUAACAAACCCAAAACAGCUUUUGGAUCA